AUGCAUAAUGCUCCCUUCCACUUUUCCAUUCCAGAGCUUGGCGAUGCCCAGUCGCCAUCUUCCGCCCACUUCCACCAUCGCAUGAGCAUCGGAAGCUCAGGCCCGCUGCCGAAUCAACUCCAUCCAGGAAGCAUCGGCGACUCUGAUGCCACCAGUCCCGUGAGCGGCCAGGAUCCAGGAUCCGUGGGUCCUCACACGAACGCUUCAACCGGCCCGCCAGGCCUAGACGAUCAGAAAGACAAGAACGACCCAACACCGGCAUGGGCAGAACUCAAGACCAAGGCAGGCAAGGAGCGAAAGCGACUACCUCUAGCCUGCAUUGCUUGUAGACGCAAGAAGAUUCGUUGUUCGGGCGAGAAGCCUGCUUGCAAGCAUUGUCUUCGUUCUCGCAUUCCCUGCGUAUACAAAGUCACCACCAGAAAGGCCGCUCCCAGGACCGACUAUAUGGCAAUGCUGGACAAACGAUUGAAGAGAAUGGAAGAGCGUGUCAUCAAAAUAGUGCCAAAGGAGGAUCAAGGUCGCAUCGGGACCAUCGGUAGAGCUGUCGUCAAACCCGCUAUCCCGGGGUUGCCCUCGAACGACAAGAAGAGAGCUGCCGAUACAGCAUUCGGCGACGAUAUCAACGAUUGGUCAAAGUCCAAGAGCAAAGGCAGCGCGGAAGCUCGGUUGAGGAUAGGCCCUCAAGAACAAGAUGAGCGACGGUUGCUCCAAGAAGGAGCCGAUCAAUUGCCUUCCCACGAGCUGCAAAUCCAUCUGGCCGAAGUUUACUUCGAUUAUGUCUAUGGUCAAAGCUAUCACUUACUGCACAAACCAAGUUUCAUGCGAAAACUUGAGGUCGGACAGGUACCGCCAGUGCUUAUCCUGGCCGUGUGCGCCAUCUCUGCUCGCUUCUCAUCACAUCCCGACGUGAAGACGGAACCAGCGUUUCUACGGGGCGAGGACUGGGCCAGUGCAGCGAGGGAGAUUGCCUUGAAAAGAUAUGAUUCACCAAACAUCACAAUCCUCAUAGUCUAUCUCUUGCUCGGUCUGCACGAGUUCGGAACGUGUCAAGGCGGUCGAAGCUGGAUGCUUGGAGGUAUGGCUCAGCGCAUGGCAUACGCCUUGCAAUUGCACAAAGACUUGGACCAUGACACCUCGACACGCGCUACGGGGACUGGUGCCGAACUCACGUUUACCGACAGAGAAAUCAGGAGGCGUACAAUGUGGGCCUGUUUUAUGAUGGAUCGAUUCAACUCAUCAGGAACUGAGCGACCACUUUUUGUCAACGACCAAUACAUUCAAGCUCAACUGCCCGUCAAGGAACACUUCUUCCAAUUCGAGAUCCCAGGAACAACGGAAGUACUCGAGGGACCAAAUUCUGACAACGCUGAAAAUGCCGGACCGCAUACACUUCCAGCAACUGAGAACAUGGGCGUGGCCGCAUACAUAGUCCGGUUGGUGGCCAUCUGGGGUCGUGUCAUCCGCUAUAUGAACCUAGGAGGAAGAGAAAGAGACACGGAGCCUCUAUGGUCUCCCAAAUCAGAAUUCCAUGGCAUCAAGGAGGCUGUUCGUGAAUGGCAAAGUGGACUUCCAACAUGGCUCUCUUGGUCGCAAGAGAACCUCGAAACCCAUGCAAGCGAGAAAAUUGCCAACCAGUUCAUCUUCAUGCACUUGAUAUGCAACCAGAUCAUCUGUUUCACGAAUCGCUUCGCACUGCCGUCGCCAGGGUCAAGGUCGGCAAGCGUCAGGGAUACACCGCAGGCCUUCAUCACCGAAAGUGGAAGAGCGGCUCUGGAUGCAGCCAACCAGAUCUCGGUCUUGAUCAACGAAGCUAUGGACCACAGGGUAAUCGCUCCGUUCGCUGGAUAUUGCGCCUUUUUCUCCAGCACAGUCCACAUAUACGGUGUUUUCUCCAAGAACCCAGCACUGGAAGCAUCUUCCAAACAAAAUCUGGCAACGAACAUCAAGUACUUGACGAGGAUGAAGAAACACUGGGGAAUGUUCCACUUCGUCACAGAAAACCUAAAGGACCUAUAUCGCAGACACGCAGACGCCGCCUUUAGAGGCGCGCAAGCUGGCAAUGCUCAAAAGCCGCUCGAGACGAUCUUCCAAUAUGGUGAUUGGUUUGAUCGAUAUCCUCACGGUGUUAGCGGCACAGAUUAUGAGGAGCCUGUCAAUGCAGAUGUCAAGAAAGAGCCAGGGUCCGAUGCGGUAUUGGGCCAGAAGAACGAUCUUCAAAGUGUAGAAGAAUUCUUCUCCAAGUUGAGUCCG